CGCGACUUCUUCCCCAAGGCACACAUUAUUGGGUGGGACAUAGAUGAAAAAGCUGUCGUAGCGGCGCAGGCGGCAUCAGGUUCUUCGGGCCGUGUAACGACUGCCAGAUUGAGCAGCUUUGACAAAACCGCAGUGGACCGCUUCAUGGCGGAAAACAUGCAUUGGACUUCCCGCGCCUAUCGCUGUCGACUGCUCGCAACACUGGAGGUAGCGCAAGAUAUUUGUGCGUCGGACGCAGCUGACUUCGGGAGGCUGUCUACAAUACCGAUUCCUGCUUUAGCAGAACUACCAACGGGUCAUGUCGUAGCAGUUACUAGAGCGACAGAGGUAGUACAGGAACAGGAGCAGAGAGAUGAUAAUCGCAGUGUGGCAGAAGUAGAACGAAUUUCGACUAUCAGGUGGUCCGAGUACUUGAGGAGACUGCCGUAUCCCUUCGCGUCGGCGUUUCCGCCACAGUGGCGUGGCAGAGUGAAAAACUGUGAAAUCCUCAGGAGAAUGGAAUGCCCUGAAAUAUUCGGGGAUGCAACUGGCGAGCUUACAGCAGAGAGCAUUGCUGAGGAGAAAAUGGUGCCGAUUUCGUUUGACUUGAUUAUUGAUGAUGGCUUUCAUUCUGCGCGAGCCAAUAUUGCCUCUUUUACGUUUUUGUGGCCGUAUCUUCGUGCUGGUGGACAAAGGAUCAUGGAAAGAAGUACUCCUCCUAGUAAAGGCGUGUCUUCGCUAUCUUCUUCUUAUUCUGGAGUGUACAUUAUCGAGGACAUGAAUCCGUAUGCGACAGAUUUCGGCUUUUUUCUGGAGACCACAUUGCGACAAACGGCUCGGGCGUUCCCACGGGGCGCCCAUUUUGAUAAUUUUCGUGACAUGUGGUUCCACCCGAGGCGGGCGCCUUUCUACACGUUUGGCACGUCGAAGCGUAGCACUGGUGCUGGGCUAGUUGUGCGCAAAACUUCAUUUGCGGAACAAAUGCUGCCCUUGAAGCUUGCCGAGGUUGCGCGGGAGGUCGAGGCACCAGCUGCGGAGAACCUUUUCGCAGAUACAGAGAAAAAGGGGACUCCCGGAGCAAUGGCACUAGGUGCGGUAGCAGAACAUUUCUGUUUCUCCGGCCGCGUGGAGUACGGGAGGGACCUCAUCCUCAACCCAAUUCGCAGAAUGCAGGAAGAAGCGGCGAGCCUCUCAAAGGAUUACCUGGAGCAGUCUAUGAAGGAACUGGUUUACUCAAAUUCUCCCCUUCGCGUUGUAUCUACACUGUUGUGGGUGAAAAAUUGACUAUAAACUGACAUUGCCAGACAGGGCACUCCCUAGUGAGACCUAGCACCGCAACCACGUCUACUUAAGUAUGUUGAACAGAAAGAUCGAUGCUGUCCUCUUUCAUAUCGGCUUCUUACGGUCAGUCUUUAACGGGCGUGCUCUUGCGUGACGAGUGGCUUAUCAGACGGAUGGGAAUGGGGCUCAUUGACGCCGAGGAGGCUCGACGAAGUCUAUUCAUCGAAAUUGAGCGCAAAAACAUUGCCGAAGACGUUCUGUUCGCAAUGCGGUAUCACGUGGAUCACGUUAUAGGCAACGAGGGGCGCGCUCACUUUGUGAAUCAUCUAAAGAGGGAAAGCAAGCCCGAUUUCACGGAGGAAUUCUUGAAGUCGGAACGUCAGAGACGGGAUCGGACCUUAGUCACGUCAGCCAGCAAAGACACAGGAGAAGACGAGGUAACAGAAACGCGUUCUCUACACGAAACUUCGCUCGACGAGCAUGCGGCCUCCUUGAGGCUGCGAUCGCGGUUUCUGAAUGCAUCUGAUCUACUCCUGAGUGUGCGUCGAGAGGCAAACACCUUGGCUGUGAAUCGUACCUACGAAAACUGCUGCCUCAAUCCUGGGUCGGACAGUUUUCCGGAUUGCUUUCGGAGUGUUGGGAAUGCGCUUCGAUAUGGCGAAACGAGGGAUACUUUUCAGGAGCGAUGGAGCCGUGGGGGGAAGAACUGGGCAGAAAUUUUCGCCUUCACGUCACUCUGUUGUGUACCGGAAACGGUUCGAAGACAGACGAAAACAAGUUAUUUCGGCCACGAAGAGACUCAAAAUGAUCAAGAGCGCUUAGGAAACCAAACUGCAAAUAUCUUCAACUUUUACGCCAAUACAGAUAAUGACGAGCUCUAGAAAUCUCAAAAGACCAGCUCGGAUGAUCUCCAGCUGCGUUAUCGCACCGUGACCAUUUUUAGGAUGCGGGUUCCUGCUACUCUUUUGCCGUCCUUUUAACAUUCGACUAGAGUUUCUUGCUAG